AUGUCCAAGCCAUCAAUGAACGUGGUUGUUCUCUCACUUGCGCUAGUCCUGGUCGUUGUCUGGCAGACAGGUACCGUCGUCCUACGUCACUACCGAGUUCGUCAGGAGCAAAGGCAACCACCCCCGAGGAGAACCAUCAGAGUGCAGCAGUACGCAAUUUGCGUGCGUCAGCAAGUACAUGAUAGCUUAAACGACCCAGAGAGUAUGAAGAGAACGUCGGAGGAUGCGCUUCCUGGAUCCCACUCCUAUAUGAUUGCUACCAUCAACAUGAGGGUGGCAUCGGAUUUGGAAGAUGGACCCGACGAUUCAGACGAUUAG